GUGUUUUGUUGGAGCAUACGCUGCACAUUUAUGGCGAUUCUGAGUGUGAGGGCAGAAUUCUGCCAGGCCCAGCACAGCAUCCUGGCUGACAAGUGAGCCGAGUGCAGGGGCUUCCACGUGCCAUAAUUACUUUGCCUUGAAGACUCCGGACACAGUAGACACACUCAAAUAUAUGGGAUAUCUUCUGCACAUUGGAAGCAUUUUCCUUUUACUGACUCUAGCAAAACUAAGCAUCAAGAAAACAAAGUGGAGAGAAAAUCCGCCCUUACUUUUUUGCCUCACCAGUGCCUAAAUGUAGAACAGGCUGCCUAGUCUUGCAUGUAGUCGGAGUUUUUGGAGUCUGAAGGAUACCACCUGCAGCAAUUGAGGCCGAAGUUGAAUUCAAGUGGAUUCUGAAGCAAACCAGCUUUUCUAGCAGCAACUUCUUUAAGGAACAAACACGUCGAAGCAAGCUCUCAUCAGUCCAAGGCAUUUUAGUGGUCUCUUUAAUGUUUUCUGCUGUGAAACCUUUCCAAGGUUAUUGAUUAUUAUUUUUUUUUUUGUUAUUUUCCUCGAUCUUUUGUCCCCUUACACACUUAAGUUGCCAUUAUGAACCGUCCAGCCCCCGUGGAAAUCACUUAUGAGAACAUGCGUUUCCUGAUCACUCACAACCCAACCAAUGCAACCCUCAACAGGUUCAUAGAGGAGCUCAAGAAGUAUGGAGUGAGAACCUUGGUGCGAGUUUGUGAAGCCACUUACGAUCAAGCUCCCAUCGAAAAAGAAGGAAUCCAGGUUCUAGACUGGCCAUUCGAUGAUGGAGCACCACCCCCCAAUCAAAUAGUUGAUGACUGGCUCAACCUUUUGAAAUCUAAAUUCCGUGAGGAGCCUGGCUGCUGUAUUGCUGUUCACUGUGUUGCAGGGUUGGGAAGGGCUCCUGUACUGGUUGCACUUGCUCUCAUUGAAUGUGGAAUGAAGUACGAAGAUGCAGUUCAGUUUAUAAGGCAGAAAAGGAGGGGAGCUUUCAAUUCCAAACAGCUGCUUUACCUUGAAAAAUACCGGCCUAAGAUGCGAUUACGCUUCAAAGAUGCCAACGGUCACUGCUGUGUUCAAUAAAGCAUAAUCUCAAACGAAGGCAGAAGUUAGCAUGGCUCUUUUCUGGACUCUUGGCACCUGGAAAUGUGAAUCUGGAAUCAAACUACGUCAUCAGAUUAGGGGGGAGUCAGUCGGUGACCUCAACCUCUGUCCUAAUGGUGGUGAUGAUUGAAAAACAAUAAAAAUUAAAACACAAACCUAAGAGCAACAUUUCAGUGAAGGAUUGUUUUCUCCUUGAGCUGCAGUUGGAACAUCUGCAGGGAGAAAAUCAGUUUUCUGAACCUUCUGUAUUUUUAACUUUUUAAGAAAAGAAAUAAAGUAAAUUUUAUGUCUAAGGAAAACCAGC